GCGAAUUCAACCUUAGGUUCAUAAGAAUUUAGACACAAUGAAGGCUCUGUUGAUUCUAGCUCUGUUUGUAGUGGCCGCUAAUGUUCAGGUCUCCGAAGCUGGCUUCGGUACCUUCUUGAAGAACACAUUCGGUAAAAUCGGGGAUGUGUUUAAAGCCACCGGACAUCAGUUGUUGGGUACCCUAGACAAUAUCGGUGGUACUCUGUUUGAUAAAUUUAAGGAUGCUGGUAAAAAUCUCCUCUCUCAAGGGGUACAAGCUUUAGCCUUGAACACAAUGAACUCCAUCAAACAAGAGAAAGGUGCCAGAGAUGUAAGCUCUUUCGUCAAUGAAUUGAAAGAUUUUGAAACCAAGGGUCACCAUCUGGUUGACGUAGCUGUUGAACAGUUGAAACCUUUGUUACACUCCACUGUGGAAUCUUUCCGCACUCUUCUCGAUAGUGUCAAAGAACUCAUUUUGAGCCCUGAAGAGAUCGUCGCCACCAUCGACAAAAUUACUGGUCUCCACAACCAAUUCGCCGAUUCCAUCAUGAAAGCCGUCGUCUCUAAAAUCACCGAGCUCGCCUCCUCUCUGUUAAACCACAAGAGAAACGUUAUGGAUGGUUUAAACGGAAUCAUCUCUCAACUUACCAAUUCUCUUAAACCAGCCAUUGAAGGAGUUAAAAAUAUGGUCAGUACAACAGGAGAACUCUUGAAAAACGCCGCCUCAAACUUGAUGACGAACGUUCAACAAACUUUGGGUAACUUAUUGGGUACUCUUACUCAACACGGCACCCAAGCCAUCGACACCAUGAAGGGAGCUACAGCUAAACUCGCUGCUGGUGCCCAAUAAUAAACUGACUUCAUGACCGUCUUUUGUUAUUUCAUUUCAUUAGUCAAUAAGAUUCACACCAGUAGGAUGUAAAACUCCUUUCAUUUGAUCUUGUCAUCUUGGUAGUAGUUAUCCAUUACCAUUGAAUAUUUCAUAGGGUUAAAACUACCGCAGAACUUUUGAAAAACCCCUUCUCCAAGUAUAUAACCAACGUUCAACAAAAUUUGAGUAACUUAUUGGGUUCUCAUACCCAA